AUGUUUAAAGUGCUAUGUGCUAUUACUAUAAUGCAACUGGAUGGGUACGUCCUAACUGGUUGUCAGGCUAUAUGCUGUGUUAUGAAUGAAAAAGUUUCUGAAAGUGUUCUCUAUUUCUGGACAAUGACUGAAAAAAAACGCUAUGGAGAUCGAAUUAACAUCGCAAAGGCUAAUGGUGUUUUGCGUAUACUCGAAGCCACAACCGCUAGUCAACAGCACGUUUUUACUAUCACAACUAAAAUCAUUGAAAAAUACAAUCUUAAUUCUAAAAUAAGUCUAUUUGAACUUAGUCAAUAUACCUUAGAAUUUCUUGAAAAUCUUACAGAUGAUAGAAAAAGAAAUCAAGCUCAAUGA